UGAUUUAACUAUAUAGAAAUAGAGAUACAAAACCCUAAUCUCUCCUCCCAAAACCCUCUCCCUCGUCCUCGCCAGUCGGCCCAGCCAAGCGUAAACAUGGUGAAAAGAAGCAAAAAGAGCAAGAGCAAGAGGGUUCCUUUGAGGAAGAAGUACAAGAUUAUUAGGAAGGUGAAGGAGCACCACAAGAAGAAGGCCAAGGAAGCCAAGAAAUUGGGCCUCGACAAGAAGCCUAAGGUCGAGAAGGAUCCCGGCAUACCCAAUGACUGGCCCUUCAAGGAACAGGAGCUCAAGGCACUUGAGGCCCGCCGGCAGCGCGCUAUCCAGGAACUUGAGGAGAAGAAAGCCGCCCGUAAAGAGAGGGCUCAAAAGAGAAAACUGGGGCUGUUGGACGAUGAAGAAAUGAAAGAACAGAGUCCUGCUGGAGAGGAGAGGAUGACUGAAGACUCCACCCCAACUACUAGAAGUCGUGACCACUCAGAGAGGGCUUUUUACAAAGAGUUGGUAAAAGUUGUUGAAGCUUCUGAUGUUAUUCUGGAAGUUCUUGAUGCUCGAGAUCCCCUUGGUACUCGCUGUGUUGACAUGGAAAAGAUGGUGAUGAAGUCAGGGGCUGAUAAGCACCUUGUUUUGCUCCUUAAUAAAAUUGAUCUUGUCCCACGUGAAGCUGUUGAAAAGUGGCUCAAGUAUCUUAGAGAGGAACUACCAACAAUUGCCUUUAAAUGCAGCACCCAAGAACAGAGAUCAAAUCUUGGGUGGAAAUCUGGCUCAAAGGCUGGGAAGACAGCGAAGGCUGGCAAGGGAAACAACCUUCUUCAAACAAGUGACUGUCUUGGGGCUGAAACUCUAAUAAAAUUACUGAAAAACUACUCAAGAAGCCAUGAGAUCAAGAAAUCUAUCACUGUGGGUAUUAUUGGCCUGCCUAAUGUUGGUAAAAGUAGUCUAAUUAAUAGCUUGAAAAGGUCUCAUGUCGUCAAUGUUGGUUCUACUCCUGGGCUGACAAGAUCAAUGCAAGAAGUCCAGCUUGAUAAAAGUGUUAAAUUAUUGGACUGUCCUGGUGUUGUGUUGCUUAAAUCUGCAGAAAGUGACGCAUCUGUUGCUCUCCGUAAUUGUAAGAGAAUUGAAAAAUUAGAUGAUCCAGUUGGCCCUGUUAAGGAAAUUCUCAAGCUUUGUCCAGACAGAGUAUUGGUAACCUUAUACAAGAUACCAAGUUUUGAUUCUGUUGAUGACUUCCUUAUUAAGGUUGCUACAGUUAGAGGAAAGCUCAAAAAGGGUGGUAUCGUUGAUGUUGAUGCUGCUGCCAGAAUUGUUUUGCAUGACUGGAAUGAAGGUAAAAUCCCAUAUUAUACCAUGCCUCCGACUAGGAACACUGAGGAGCCUUCUGAGGCAAAGAUUGUGACUGAACUCGGGAAGGAGUUCGAUGUGAAUGAAGUUUAUGGAGGCGAAUCUUCAUUUAUUGGCAGUUUGAAAUCUGUCAAUGAUUUCAAUCCUGUUGAAGUACCGUCAAAUACUCCUUUAAAUUUUGACAUGACGAUGCUUGAGGGUGAUGGACAACCGCAAGCUCUAAAUGAGGGCAAGAGUGACGACCAGCCCAUGGAAUCCAAUGAAGAAGAUGUUGCCUCGGAAGAGGAGAAAUUUAGCAGUAGCACCCGAAAGCAAAAUGAAAAGCUAUAUGCUGAGGAAGGCAUGCUAAACACCAAGUUGAGAAAAGCAGCCAAGAAGAGGCUGAGAAAGGAAAAUCAACCAGCUGCAAUGGAACACGAUUCAAACGAUGACUAUGACUUUAAGGUUGAUUAUGUCAAAAGGGAUUCUGCUAUGGAUACCAGUGAUGGCGAAAAUGAUGUGGCAGGUGAAAGUAGUAAAAAUAGAUUUGAGUUGCCUUCUGGAGUUGAAGUGGAUAAUGAGUAAAAGAGCAAGCAGAAUUGCAACAAACACUAUGCAGGGAGCCAGUGAUGACUAUGCCAAAAUUAUAAUGGGAUUAGAGAUUUUCUGUCAGAAUUUAACAUUUCUCUUUAUUUCUAAGUGGGAAGCUACAGCUGAAUUUUUGUAUGAUCUUGUUCUUGAAAGCAAAGCAAGUGAAAGAAGCCCUUUUAUCAUACACAGUUGUGAUUGUAGAACUUGGGUAUUCGGAUUAGUUAAAAUAAUGUUAAAUCUAUUACAACAUUUUUAGAA